AUGACUAAUGUUCGCCUCUAUAGAAGCAUUAUAGAUAUGAGUAUAACGAAAAAAUUAGCAAAAGCCAAAAUAUCCAUCGCCUAUGGGCAGACAUGGACAUAUUGGCCUUUUCAUUCAGGAACCCUUCAUGACAACCAACCUCACCGCCUAUGGGCAGACAAAUUCGCUCAUAAAGAAAAAAUUGCGUUCGAAAAAUCGAAAAAUCACUUUUAUAAUGAACCUAUCAUUCUGCGGACGAACUACCCCGCUGGAAAGCAUGCCUCGAGUCAUUCUACUCGUCCUUAUCUUGGCUGGAAAACCAUAAAAAUACCCCAUGCAAGGUUUGCAUUUAUGCGAAGAAAAUAUUGA